AUGUCGCCCCUUCAACUUGUUUGUUUCGCUUUUGUAGCAGGCCUUAUUAGUGUGUGUGAGGCCCAGUGCUUCCCAACCUAUCCUACCUACCCAAGAAGGUAUCCUUUGCCACCUACGAUCUAUUACGAGGAUACUAAUGCUUUAUUAUUGCUCGCUAAAGCACUCGAUAAAAGUAACGACAAUGUUGACUUAGGCCAAAUUGUAAGUCAACUCAUUAAUGCAUUGGUAUAUACCUCUGUAAAAGGAUGUAACGGUUCUGGUGGUAAUAGCGGUAACGGUGGUAACGGUGGGGCAGGAGGAGCCGGCGGUGCCGGAGGCAGUGGUGGUACUAAUGGUGGCCAAACGAAUCCUUUGAUAUUAUUAGAGCUACUAAAAAACAACGAGUUACUUAAUCUGGCGUUAGGCUCAACAGAUGUUUUAGGUGUAACGUUGGGUUCGUAA